AUGACCGUUAGACCAUCGAAGACGCUUAUUGAUAUGUACGGUGACAUCGGGAACAAAUUGUCCCUCGCCCAUCUACCUCCGUAUCAGACCGAGAUGGUACGGGCGGUAGCUCGUGAGGUUCGUGAUCUAGAGAAGGACAACGCGCGCACACUGGCCCCCUUCGAGGGGUCGUUCAAUCCCUCCGCGGAACCAGCGAUUGCAUGUGCACUGCUCGUCGAUCACCUCUGCAUGCGGCGCAACAAACGCUGUCUGCUCGCCUACCAUCGAGUCCGUACGGAAAAGCUUGAGGAGAUGUGUUGGAACGGCAUUGACGUGCUCGAGCAACAGCAGCCCGUGGAGUCUGAGGAGGGCCCGAUGAGCUCGCAAAGUGGUGGUCAGAGCUCUCUCAGCCCGGAAGAGGAGGAAUACUUCCGACAAUAUAGUGAUCUACUUGCUGCAUAUAAGGGUCAAUGGACCGAUAUCGAUUUAACGGGCAGCUUGGAGCCCCCGAAGGAUCUGUUUAUCGAUGUGCGUGUUCUCAAGGACGCAGGAGAGAUCCAGACAGAAUACGGGGCUAUCAAUUUGACCAAGAAUAGUCAAUUCUAUGUGCGACAGGGCGAUGUAGAACGAUUGAUCGCGCAAGGGUUCCUCCAACGACUGAGCUAA